ACGCAAGACACGCACUGACCACAGUGGAGCCAUUAACACCUUAUCUUUGGCUGCUCAUAUAAAUAUGUUAAUACUCUAACAGUAAUUAAUGAUCAUAUAGAUCGGAACUCGAACGGAAUAUCUUUUUAUCGCCAUAACAAUGAGAGAUCUCAACUGCCUUUUUUAUCUGUGUACUAUCCCAAUCAUAUGUGGAGGCGGAAAAGAGUGCACUUAUUCCCUUCUAAAAAAUAUCCAUAUCGAGCAAUCUUAACAUUGAAUCCGAACGACAAAAGUAGAAAUCCUUUCAGAUAUUUUCCGCUACGCAAUUUACCAGCGACUAAGAAUAUGAAAUGGUCUAACUACAUGUUUCCAUAUAAAAAUUUCAAUCAAUUAUUAAAAACAACGCCCAGAACCAGUUAUUUCUUGUUAUCUGAAGAGAAUAUGAGAGCUAAUUUGCAGAAUCGUGAGCAAUAUUUAAGUAGACCAAUUCUAUCUACGAUUUCAACACUUCAAAAUAACUGUGUUAACACCCAUAAUUUGAAUAUACCUCAUGGAAAUGAAUUGGCCUUAUGCGUCGAAAAAAUGCCAACUAUUCCAACUACUGUUCAAAAAGUUUCAUUAACUAAAACCAAAUACAUUUCCAAUAUUUCACAAUUUGAGACUACCACAAGGAAUCCAUAUAUACAAUAUUUUGGACAUAGCACAAGGAAUACGCUUAUGUAUAACUUUUUUCACGCUACUACGGUUCCGAAUUCCAUAAAUACGUCUCACAUCUAUUUCACUAUAGGGGAUGCUAUAACAACACCACGAACGCCCAAUUAUUCACACUUUAAGUUAUUUAAAAAACAAAAACAUCAAAGUGAAAAUAAUGGAAGUCACCCUAUCAUAAAUUACAAAAUUCUCCGAUCUAAUACCGCAACUCAAUAUAUAACUUCAAGUCAUACGUCACUUCCUGAAUAUUCAAAUAACGCUGUCAAAUAUUCUAUCAGCGAUAAUGAAACUAAAAAUAAAUCGAAAUAUUUACAUUCGUAUGAGAAUUCAAGUGUUGAUACUACAAAAGAAAAUUGGGUCAUCGGUCAAUCAAUAAACAACUGUUCAAAAGCAUUAUUAGAAACAAAUAAUCAUUGUGCAUCUGGAGAUAUACCGAACUUAAAAGAAUUUAUUUCGAAAGUGUCGCUACAGACUACGACAAACACUUUAGGUUCUUAUCCAAUUAAAACCACAGUGGUUUUUGGAACCAUUUCUACGCCUAUUACCGAAUUACCAUAUUUAGACAAUACUUCAACUACCGCUAUUUGGAACGCUGUAGAGACAUCAAAUUAUUCUGGAGAAAAAACAUCAGUUCUUGAUAAAACCAGCAAUUAUCCUCCGUUAUAUAGAAGAGGUAAAUUUAUUCAAAAUAAUAAGAGAUUAGUUUUUAAAGAAAGUUUGAAAAAUAAAAAUCGAAAUAUAAAAACAACUGCUUUGCCGACCCCCAUAAGACCUUUCAAACCGAAAAUCAAAGAAAAGGAGAAUUAUGUAUCUUCACAACCAAACCCGACUUCACAAACCAAAGAACAGGAAUUAUUACAUGAUACUGUUGGCAGAAAGAUGAAAAAAGCAAAGGGUAAAUUUCAUGGCAGAAGCCGCUUUAGAUGGACUCCUUCAUUUGAAAAAAGCUCAGGCAACGUAAAUAAUAACAAAACGACUAGUUCAACAAUAGCAACGGUAUUUACUACAUCGACCCAAGUCUCACUUCUAAGAAAUAAAAUGACAAAUACAUUUAGUAGAUCAAAACUAAUUAGACACAAUAAAAGAACCAAUAUAGUACAAAUGAAUACAACAAGGAGUGUUAUAAACCUUCACUUGCAGUCGACUACACCCUUGGCAAGUAGCACACCGGAGUCCGCUAUAAUGAGAAUAUCAAAUAUAAGUGGCGUAAAAAUGUUAUUUCCAAAAAAUAAUACCACAAAUUCAAUAGGUAAUUUACCAAAGGCAAGUAACGCAUUUAUUGCAGAGCUGCCAAUAGUUACAUACUUUAAAGAAGUUACAGAAUCUCGUAAGGUAUAA